AAUUAUCACACUAAUAUUAAUUUCACAUUACAUUAAUCCCCCCACUUUACAAAGAUUGCAGUACCAUUCCAAAUAAUCUCUCCUCUCUCAUACUUUGUCCUAUCUUUGUAUUUGUAGUACAAAAUCCAAAACUCAUGUGAACUUAUAAAAGUCUUUAACACAAAUUAAAUCAUUCCAAUCUCUCUCUAACUCUCCACCAAUGGCUUCCAAAAACCUCAUCUUUCUCUCCCUACUUCUUACCUUCCUUUUUAUAAUCCUCUGUGUCUCAGCACACGGUGGACAUGAAGAUCCUGAUGCAUCAACACCAUCUGAUCAAGAUCAAGAUCAUGAUCAUCCUAAACUAAGAUCAAAACCAUUGAUUUUAGUGAAAGUAUGGUGUUUGAUCAUCAUAUUCUUGGGGACUUUUAUAGGGGGUAUUUCCCCAUGUAUUUUUACAUGGAACGAUGCGUUUUUGGUGCUAGGAACACAGUUUGCUGGUGGGGUAUUUUUGGGUACUGCAAUGAUGCAUUUUCUGAGUGAUGCAAAUGAAAAAUUUGGAGAAUUGAGUAGUAAAGAAUACCCUUUUGCUUUUAUGCUUGCUUGUUUUGGGUAUUUGCUUACUAUGUUUGCUGAUUGUGUUAUUAUGUAUGUCUUUACAAAGACUGAAUCUCAUGCUUCCCUUUCUAAUAAUGGACUUGAAGAGGGUGUUCCUGGUCAGAAAACCAACAAUCACCACUCAAAUUCAGCCAUUCAUUCUCUGGCUAAUGAUACAACACACCACUUUGCCAAUGCAAGUCUAGCAACAGCAAGUUCAUUAGGUGACACAAUCCUUCUAAUAACAGCCUUAUGCUUCCACUCAGUCUUUGAAGGCAUAGCAAUUGGAGUAUCUGAAACCAAAGCAGAUGCUUGGAAAGCCCUUUGGACUAUCUCACUACACAAAAUCUUUGCAGCCAUAGCCAUGGCAAUCGCCCUCCUUCGAAUGAUCCCCGACAGGCCAAUCCUUUCUUGUGCAUCGUACGCAUUUGCUUUCGCCAUCUCCAGCCCUAUCGGAGUUGCGAUUGGGAUCAUUAUUGAUCAGACGGCUCAGGGGAAAGUGGCAGAUUGGAUCUUCGCUAUAUCGAUGGGGAUUGCGUGUGGGGUGUUCGUGUAUGUUUCGAUCAACCAUUUGUUAGCGAAAGGGUACUCUCCUACGGCUAAAGUUGGGGUUAAUACGCCUUUCUAUAGGUUUUUGGCUGUGCUUUUGGGAGUUGGGGUAAUUGCAGUGGUGAUGAUUUGGGACACUUGAUACGGAUACUUAAUUAAGAAUGAAAAUUUUGUUGUUUUAAGAACAUAUGUAGUUAUUUUUUUAGUGUGUAAACAUGUAAUAUGAAAGUUACAAUUGCAUAUAUUAGAGAUUAUAACUAUUAUUUUCCGUCUUGAGUUAAAAUCGAGUUUUGAGUUCAUAAAGAUUGUUAUAUUAAUAAAUAUUCAAAAUUAAACGUAGAAUACAAACUUUAUGAUUCAAAUCUUCAUUUUAAAGACGGACAAAUGGAUGAUUAAUUCUACGAUGAGUCUGUUUGAUAAAUAGUUGUUAGGUGAAAUUGGUGGCUAGUUUAAUCAACUGUAUGUAUGGAGUAAUAAGAUAGCCAUUCAAAAUAUUUGUUUAGACA